AUGCAUGGCGAUAGUUUCGGUAAAGAACAACAUAGACCAGAGUUGUGGAAGUUCUUUCAGUCUGAUGAGUCGAAUGAUGGAAAUAUUGAGAAGAUCGGCCGUACAUUCUGUUAUAUACCAUUUUCGUCACAGCCGCACGCGGCCACGUGGUGUCCUGUCUGCGACAAACGAGUCAGCGACAAGGGGGAAGACACGUGCACGCUCCUCGCGCAUAUUCGCAAGUCUCAUCCUAAACGGUCGCGACAUUGCUCAGUCCAGGGAGAAGAGGAGGAGUCAAGGAAACCGUCCAAUCGAAUUACUUCGAAGAGCUCCGUUAGAACAGACGGUAAUGUUAAAACAAGCGAACCCAGGAAAGUCUACGCGACGCGAGUGGACACGUGGAAGGCACACAACGAAAAAAAGGUCUGUCCGCAAUGUAAAAAGGAAACGGUACCGACGCUUCACGCUCGCGGCGAUAAACUGACAACAUCGCAUAUCGGAGCAUUGUGUCUAUUAGGAUGCUGGCCACUCUGUUUUGUGCCGUUGAUGAUGAAGCGCGCGAAGAAAGUCCGAAUGAUCUGUCCUUUAUGCGGAUACGUGUACGGCAGCUAUCAGUACAAAAAUGCUGGACUGUCGCCGUGCAAGACGGAUUCUGAAGAAUCGCAGGCGAGACUGUCAUCGCCGCCAAUAAGUUUUCGACUGCCCACGACGAAAGGAGACUGA